UCCCUCCCAAAAUCGAAAACGAAGAUAAGAUUUUUACACGCCCUACAUUAUCCCCAAGCCGCCGGGAAACCAUCCGCCGGCCGGCCGCCGCCGGAACGCCAUGAUCCAUCUCCGAGCGCGCAUCAUCUCUUUCCUCGUACACUCCCCGUCCCGUCACCCCGCCUCCCGCUUCUCUCCCAUCUUCGCCCUUCACCGCAACCUCUCCGCCACCACCACAUCCACUACAGCAACCCCUUUCGCCGCCGAGGACUACCUCGUCGCCACCUGCGGCGUCACCCGCGCCCAGGCCCUCAAGGCAUCCAAGAAGAUCUCCCACCUCAAAUCCUCCUCCAAGCCCGACGCCGUCCUCGCCUUCCUCUCCGACCUCGGGGUCCCCCGCUCCGACAUCACCACCCUCGUCGCCGUCGACCCGCGCUUCCUCUGCGCCAGCGUGGAGAGGACCCUGGCGCCCCGCGUCACCGAGCUCAGCGAGCUCGGCCUCUCGCGCUCCCAGAUCGCGCGCCUCGUCCCGCUCGCCCUCUGCUCCUUCCGCAGCAGCUCCCUCAGCCGCAACCUCGACUUCUGGCUCUCGGUCUUCGGCUCCUACGACAAGCUCCUCAAGGCACUCAGGAUGAACUCCGGCCUCCUCGCCGCCGACCUCGACAAGGUGGCCAAGCCAAACCUGGCCCUCCUCCAGCAGUGCGGGCUAAACCCCUCUCUCUUCUCCGAGCCCUUCAUUUCCCGGGUGCUCGUCAGGACCCCUCAGCAGGUCCAGGACGCUCUGGCGCACAUUGACAAGUUCGGCGUGUCGCAGAACUCGCGGAUGUUCCUCUACGCGCUCGUGGCGUUCACCGUGCAGAGUCCCGAGAAGCUCACCGACAAGAUCCAGGUCCUCGAGACGCUUGGCUGGUCACAUGAUGAUGUGCUGCUGGCCGUGAAGAAGAUGCCGGGUAUCCUGACCGUGUCCGAGGAUAGGCUGCAGAGGAAUAUGCAUUUCCUGACUAAGGUUGCUGGACUGGAGAUAUCCUACAUCGCUCAAAGACCGGUGCUGCUCAAGUACAGCCUCGAGCGCCGUCUGUUUCCUCGGUACCGCUUGCUUAAGUUACUCAACGAGAAGGGGCUGCUGGAUCUCCGAAAAUACCCAUGGAAUUGCUACCAAAGAAGGAGAACUAGACAAUGUGCCAUGGCUGUCAUGGGUGUAUUGCUGUGUUGGGCGGGAGAGUUUAAGGUUUGUCAUCUCCCCUUGAUUCACUGUUAUAAAUUUGGAGUACAAUUUUUCUCUAGAUGAUCCUCUCUAGUGUUAUUAUCCGAUGAAAAAGCAGCUACCGACUAUGAUUAUCAUCUUGCCAGAAAUGGACCGUGUAAUGAGAAUUCUGGGAAAUGUGACUUGACAUCUGUAUAUCUGAUUGUAAAUGGUUGGAGUAUUUAAAUUUCGGCUUCCUCGAAAACAUACAUUUGAAUGUUUAAAAUUUUAUAGAGGGUUACCACUUCAGCUAUUUGAAGUUUUUUUUUUUUGGAAGUGGCAAAAUUGAAAAUUCUGUGCUGUGUGCAAACCAAGUUGAACAAGUUGAAAUCAGUUAGAUCCUACAUCACAAAGCAUAAUAUGGAAAUCACAGAUUUAACAUUUUACAAUACGACUGGAUAAUUUUUUAAGAUGGUGUGAAGUUGUAAUUAUCUAGUUUGUAAGCCCAAUAUAGCUUGCUGUGUGAUGCCUUGCAUGGAUAUUCAGUAAUGAAAUUAACAUCAGGUGAAUUGCCAUAUUAGUCAAUCUAUAUUUGUAUCACGAAAUGUAUUUCCAGAUUGAAUCUACAGUACUGAUUGCUAAGAGUUUCUUGUAAAGCGAACAAAUAUCUGUAAGUUAAGCUAGCAGCUACAAAUAAUCAUGUAGGUGCUCAGUUAUUCUGGUGGAAUCCAGGACUUCAUCAACUCGGUAUUAAGGUUUAAAACUUAAACCACACGGUGGCAUGGUGUGGAUGCUAGAUUAUCCGUCGUUAAAAGGGAUGAGCCUCUUCAUUUCCGUGCAAUCUCAGUCUCUAAUGUAUCAUGCCUUAAUUUGUUUUUUGAGGUAAUGUAUCAUGCCUUUUUAUUGCUAGAAAAAACCGAUGUAACUGUAGUACAUUAUCUUGAGUCAGGUUUAUAAAAGAACGUCUCAGAAAGGAUUUACUCAAAAGGACAGUAGAGCAGAACAGAACUAAAAAGUCUCUGUAAUGAUUUAGCAACUUCCAAAAAACCAAUGUAUUACACCCAAUCCACAUCACCCUUCCCUUACCUCCAUAAUCCUAGAGUUGCCUCUACCCUAGGGGAUGGGAAGAAGAUGGAGCUUUGUUGUAGGUAAAUAUUUGUUUCUUCAUGGCAAACUCUGGUCAGUUUUCCUAUACCAUUCGUUUCAUCUUUAACUAUUUAUUUUCUUGACUUAAUGUAUGGAGAAUUUUGGAACGAACAUGUUAUUCAAAUAGAGCUACAGUGCACUUUUAUUUGGUCUAGUGGACCUCAGUCUAUCAGUGGAUUGUUGAUGCCAUUUCCACUUCACAAAUCAUUUGUGCUGCAAUAUAUAUUGAGCAAGGAGCUACGAUGCACAAUGUGCCGUGGUCACACUUAUGUGCACACUAAAGGUAUCAAAUAUGGAUGUUAACUUUUCCAUGUGCAAACAUGGAUGCAUCAUUGAACCACGGAAUUGACCUUCUGUAGUUGAUGUAUACUUUGUUGGUAUAUUCUGUUGUACCCUUUUAUGUAUUUAUAGGAUGAUAUAUCUGUAUUUGAAUAGUUAUUGGAUAUUUAGGUCAUAUGUGAGUUCUUUAUUAUUUAUGUAACUAGAAGUUUGCUAGCGCAUGGCUGCAACUGAUGUUACUGAUAUAUUUCACAUGUAACCAAAUAUAUGUCAUUGCAGCUUUCAGAUUCUGUCUCCACAAACAAGUCUUGAUAUCAUUUUGAGGUAACAUUUUACAAUGCAUCUACAUGAAUGUUAACUUUACACUACUCAUAUGAAAUUUAUUCUUUUCAACCAACUUGAAUUGCCAAUGUCAUCUGUUAUUAGUUGUUGAGAUGGAUGUGGCCAAAUCUGUUGGUAGCUCAUGCAUACUUAGGAGCAAAUGCAUAUGCAUAUGAAAUAUUCUUUUCAACCAACUUGAAUUGCCAAUGUCAUCUGUUAUUAGUUGUUGAGAUGGAUGUGGCCAAAUCUGUUGGUAGCUCAUGCAUACUUAGGAGCAAAUGCAUAUGCAUAUGAAAGUUAAAUGUAUCCAUACUCGUUAGUCAUUUGCACUUGGGUUGCUAGCGUGGCAUGUACCUUGAAACGGAGGUGGUAGAACUUAAGCAACUUGUAUGCAAACAAUGCAACGCCAGAAAAUAAGCAUAUUAAAUCUGUUCUCAUAUGCUGAGAUAUUUGGCGGUGCAUCUUUGAUUAAACUGCCGUUCACUCGUUCGUCUCUUUGUGACAUUGAAGUAUUGUACUGACAAUUUUGAUUAUGACCAAAUAGCAGAAAUGAUGAGGAUGAGCAAUGAUUAUUACCAAAGAGGAAAAUAAUGAAAUUAAACUACUCCCUCCGAUCCAUAAUAAUUAUGGAUCAGCACUUUUAUGGAUCGGAGAGAGUAGCAUUUUUUUAUUAUUUAGCUUCUUCGUGAUUAAAUUGACAAUUUUCAGGACGAUUAUAUUCAGCCAACAGUCAAUUAGUCAUAUUGAUUCACUGUCCAUUGUGUUUCUACCUUCAUACUGGUUCUCCAAAUCUGGGUUACAUGGACCUUGGCUGGUUAUUGAUUUAGUAAACAUCCAUUUAACUUUUUGAGUCCAAAUUCAACUCGUGUUGAACGAACUGCGAAGGUAAAAUAUUUUGACAUGCCUUAUUUCAAAGGAAUUCAAUGCUUGGCCACCUGAUUAGAUUAUGUAGUAUUUGUCUUUUGUGUUUCAUCAGUAUAAAACUUCUUUUUUGUAUCCAUGGCCACCGACUGAUUGCAUGUGCAGCGUUGGCCGCACGAAUCACAGAUGGAUCAGCCACGGUCGUGUGUUCCACAACGUCUUCUCAAUUUACGUCUAUUUUGCGGCUGUGAAACACCUGAUCACAUGUUGCAACCAUUAGCGGCUCUCCUCGUGCGGUUCAUUGAAGGGUUGCAGGGAGUGGGCAAUCGGCGUUGGUGGCGGGUGAUGGUGGCUAAGGGAUCUCCUUCUCCAUCAGCGACAACGUCUUCUUGUCUCAGCUUCAUAUCAGGAUAUACAUGGCUAUGGUGCCUAUCAGGCUCCUCAUUACGAGGUCAAACCGUCAAAGUGACACAUAUGAAGUCCUUGGCUGUAAAACGAUUCCUAGCUCCUUACAAGCCUAGCAGCUCAUUUAUAAAAAACAACAUCCCUGCUCUCCAAAUAUAUGGACGUCCGUUCAUCAUCACCAUACUAACCGAGAAUAGGAAGCUUACGAUGGACCAUGUUUAUAUGCAGGUCAUUGUUGCCAUGAAGGUGCUUCACUGCAUCCCAUUCAUCGGUUUGUGUUCUUCAAUUUCAGCACAUGGGUUACUUUUCUAGUCAGUUCAGAUCUGCCAUCAAACUGACAUCACAACUUGCUGCCUGAUGCCUCACAUGAGCAAUGACAGUAACUAGCUUCUUUAGUCAUGCAAUGUGCAGUCGAGUUCUUUUUUCCUUUUUGGAUUCUUCUUUUGUAAAACAGAUGAUUCACCAUGAA